AUGGCAACAACAACUACCACAACAGCCAUUGAACUUCCCAACAAUGUCGCCAGAACCACAGCCGCCGCCGCCAACAACCACUCCACAAGCCAUCACGAAGAUGACGAUGUAAUGCAAGCCUCCCUAGUCGCAGACUCUGAAGUCCCCGACGGCGGCUACGGCUGGGUUCUCAUCUUUGCCUGCGCAGUGAUUUGCUUUUGGUUCGUCGGCACAACCUAUUGUUGGGGUGUUUUCCAAGCAGCGCUGGUAGAGCAGGGAGUCAGCUCGGCUUCGACGUUGGCUUUUGUUGGGUCGCUUACGACGGCUUGUGUUUCGUUUAUGGCGGUGGUCAAUGCGAGAGUCAUACGUAAAUUGGGGCCGCGGCUGAGUGGGUUGUUGGGUGUUUCUUUGUUUGGGCUCGGGGAGGUGAUGGCUGGAUUCGUGACGGGGGAUGUGGUUGGGUUGUUUAUGACUAUUGGGCUGGUUAUGGGUUUGGGAACUAGUCUAAUGUUUAUGGUCGUGUCUGUAACGCCAGCUCAGUAUUUCAAGACCAAAAGAGGAAUCGCCAACGGUAUUGUUUAUGCAGGUGGCGGACUCGGUGGUGCCAUUAUCAGUUUUGUGACUAACGGCCUUUUGCAGUCCCUUGGUAUAGCAUGGACAUUCCGAGUACUGGGAUUCAUCACGCUUGCCACGGGCUUGCCAGCAGCAUAUCUCAUCAAGGAGCGUGUUCCGAUCCGGCCGACCUCAUUUAUUGAAUGGCGUCUUUUCCGGGAUUAUAGAUUCAUUCUCAUCUUUUUGGGCGGAGCACUCGCAACGUUUCCACUCUUCGUACCCCCGUUUUUCCUGCCUCUUUACACAAAUUCACUUCAUAUGACUUCCAGCGCCGGUGCAGGUCUGGUGGCUGCAUUCAAUUUCUCAUCUGCCAUUGGUCGUCUACUCUGCGGGUUCAGUUCUGACAGAAUUGGGCCAUUGAACACUGUGUUUUCAUCCUUGCUACUAAGUGCCCUGAGUGCCUUGGUGCUCUGGCCGGUCUCUAGCUCCUUGGGACCGCUCAUCGUCUUUGUGAUUAUUAAUGGUAUGGCUAACGGUGGGUUUUUCGCUACAAUGCCAACCGUUGUGAGCAAUGUAUUCGGUUCGGCAAGAGUGUCUGUUGCUAUGGGUAUGGUGGUUACGGGUUGGGGCGGGGGCUAUCUCUUGGGAGCCCCGAUUGCUGGAUACCUGCUGAAUGCCAGUGGAGGCGAAAAGAGAGGAAUCGACGCGUUUCAUCCUGCUAUUUAUUACGCCGGCUCGAUGGCGCUUGGUUCUGCAAGCCUCAUGUUGAUGGCACGCUUGGGGAUCGAUCGGAGACUGACACAACGGAUUUGA